AUGUCAGCGAACUGGCCCGAGAGGAUCUCCGCAUUCUCGCGCAGCCCGUCCCAGUUCUUGUGCAGCACGACAUCGGACAUCUUCCUCGCGGAGGUCCUGCGCGAGCUGCGAGAUGACAGGGCCAGUGACCACAUCAAGGUACAUUACACGUUUUCAAGGCACAAUUAUUGUUGUAUUGAGUCCCUCGCUAUGUAUGUAUCCACAGGAAGUGGCAGAGCAUUUUCUAUGGAGGAAGGCACGUUCAUUAAUGUGUUUAAACUUUAAACCACUAAACUGCAUUAUGUCCUCUGUUCUGCCUGCCUCAGGUCUUGCUGUUGUCCCCGCUACUUGAGCACCCUACUCUGCUGUGCCCCUCUGUCUCUGUGGGUGAGGAGACCGCCCUGGAGCUCAUGUCUGUGUUUGCCCAGUGCUCCCCCAAAUCCCUCCCGCUCCGUCGCCACCUCCUCCUGGCCCUCACCUCCGUGCUCCUCUGCUCCUGCUGUGUUAGCUCACACACCAGUGCCUCCCAAGACUUCCUGGAACUCCUCUUACAGACGGCCCAGGACACCAACGACGCACAGGCUGGGGCUGCAUUACGCCCCCUGAGGGCAACAGCCUGCGACUGCCUGAGGGAGCUGGAGGCUUGCCUCCCGGGCCUACUAUCCCAACGCUUGGAGCUCCUGAGCAGCCUGAGGCAGCAGGAAAACUCCGGGCUUCACCAGGCUUACACGGGGCUCCAUGCCCUGGCACUGAGGAAUGCUGUGUAUCUGCUCACCCAGCAGAAAGGGGCUGGGGCUGGAGACCUGAAGGCUGCACUGGGGAGCAACGAGGGGUUUGUGUGGGGGGAGGGUGCAGACUCAGCACACCUGGACUCAGAGUCACACUCUGACUUGGCCAUCUUUUCGCCCCUCACUCUAGGCCCCAUGGGAAAAGUUCCUUCCCUGCAGACGGGCCUAGACUGUAAAGAGCUGAGAUCGCUCCUCUCCUCCCUCCUAGAGGAGUCCUACCUGCUCACAUCCCUAUCCCAGGCUGCACUGCUGCGAGGGCUGGUGGAGGUGCUUGCCAUGGUGCCCGCAGUCUCCCCAACGAUAUUCAGGGCACAGCUGCUGCGUCUAUUGGGCACAUGCAAGGUUAGUAGCGGUCUACUAGUCUAGGAUGAGUUAUGGAAGAAAUGGCAGAUUAUCCACAGAUCUAUCCAUGCUUGUGCUGUGGUAGAACAUUAUCAAACCUAGCUGUAAAAUCUUGAGAUUUGUGACCGCAUUGUUUAAUCUCUUGUUGUUGCAGGUGUGUCUGGUGCACACCACUCUGCUGAUGAAGGCUGCUUUCACAGACAGCCUGUUCAGCGCAGAGGAUGAGGCCUUUCUUCUAAAGCGUCUCGUCGGCCUGUCCCAACACCCCCUACUGAGCACGCCCGAGAAGCUCUUCUACAUGGACUGCAUCCUGCACUUCCCAGAGAACCGACCAAUCAGCUGUGGUGACGGGGACGAGAGCCUGCCCGUGCUCUUGACCCCUCGGCUGGCCGCGGCCCUAGUGCCCACUGUGUUCAAUGAUAGUGUCAGCAUGCUGGCUAGACUCAACCUACUCUCUCUGGUCUACCUGGAGGAAGGAGAAGAAGAUGGGGAGGGACAGGGGGGGAGAGGCCUGGCCUACCUGUACGAUCACCUGACCUCCCUUCUCCGUAUUGUGGAGAACCAGGGCAGUAGGGAGAUGGUGGUGACCUUCUUCAGGGCUUCCUUCCUCUUCCUUCUCCACUUCUGCCACGUGGAGCGCUACUCUGAGGACCUGUCUCAGAGGCUGUGUGACCUGUACUUGAGACACACUCGGCUGGCGCCUCACCUCAUCAACCUGGCUGACCGGACCCAGGACCGGCUGGAGGAGUCAGGCUGGGCUGUGGCACUGCUUAAAGCCCUGCAAAGAACCAUCACAGAGGCCCCACUGUCCCAGCUCACCCUGCAAGACCUCCGCUGGCACCUCAGGAUCCUGGCCCGCGUGGCAGAGGAAGGGGAAGUCCUCCAGAGGGCCACUCUCAACUUUCUGCUGUGCGUCAUCACUUCCUCUUCAUCCGCGCUGUGUGUGAGCGGGGACUGGCGUCUGGGGAACGGCGUGCUGGGGGUGUGUCGACGCCUGCUCCUGCACCCCAGCUUGGACUCCCUCCUCACACCGCUGGCUGACCUCCUACAGCACCUCACCUGUCAUUAUGGUGAAACAGACAUCCAGGACCACGCCCGCUUGUACUACACCCUCCUCACCACUCUCUCCCGGGAGAAGCUGGCUGGGGUGUUGGCACAGAGGGGAGCAGAAAGGGGGCGGCAAGCCAAAGUGCGCUCCAUGUCUGCCAUCAUGGCCGAGACCGAGGAGUUGACCAGCGGACUGACCGUGCACCAGACAGAGCGACCGCUGCUGAGGCUGGUCAAACUGGAGAAACAUGAACCAGAUGACUGCAAACCAGAGCAUAAACCAGAGAGUGAAUCAGCCUGUGAGUCUGAGAGCUCCCCAGGACAGGGCGGGAUAGAGAGAGAGGAUUACAGAGCCCAGUUCCAGAGCCCCAGCUUCGCCUCUGAAAUCACCCUCCAAUACCACCUCACACACACUGGAGUUCAUGACCCCCGUUUUGACAAGCUCUUCAGCAUCCGCUUGCACUUUGACCUCACGGACGGCCACUAUGAGGAAGUGAGUGACAUCAGCGUGCCUUGCCUGUUCAGGACCAGGAAGCCCCCUACAGUGAGGCUGAGGCUGAAGCCCAAGCAGCCGUACCACACCACCCUGAGAGCUAGCGCUAUCUUUACCACGGAGGACGGCCUCUCCUGGCACUCCCAGCUGGCAGACCUCCAUGUGGCUUUCCCUGAGGUGUUUCUGCCCUUCCUCGCACCCCUAGGGUGGACCAGGGAACAGAAGCAGAGAGUGUUUGAGGGGAUCUGGGGCGAAAUAUGCUCAGAGGAGUCUGAGGGUGAUUUGACCAACGCUGCCACUAGCCUGUUCUGUGAUCAGUUGGAGGAUUCGGCUAUGGGUGAGCUGGUGGAGAAGCACUUUCAGAGAUAUCUGGUCUCAGACUUGGAUAAAGGCAGGUGUAAAGUGCUGUUCUUCCUCCCACCCCAGUCUCACGUGCUGCUGAAGAUCAUCACAGAGGAGGAUGCCGUCCAGGUUCAUAUUGCUACAGACAACUGGAAGCUUCUGCCUUAUAUUAACUCUUAUCUAGAGGACAUUACCAAAGAGAUUCACAGCACACAGCAAGUCAAUGGUGAUGUCUGA